UGCGAAACUGAAAACAUGAAAAUUUACCUAUUUCUGCUAUCUUUGGGUGUUAGCUGCGUUUUUGCAGCAAACGAUACGAAGUCCGAUGUCAUCACGGAGGCAAAUAUGAAUGCAUAUAUGGACUACGUUUUGAUCCAAUUUGGUCCUUUCAUCAACUCUAUGGGAUGGAUUCCGAUGGAUUUGCCUGAUAUUGUCGAAGGGUUCGAAGCUAAACCAAUUCUCAUCACAUACAGAGGCGAAUUAAAACUCACAAACGGCGUUUUGGAUGAAUUCCAAGGCACAGCACGUUCGGGAAAUUCCAUGAUGUAUUACGACAAAAUGCUCCUCCGUGUAUCUACCUCGACAAAUUUACGAAAUAUCCGAUAUCGCUUUGAUUAUUCGGCAAAAAUUUGGAAUUUGGGACCUACGGGAUGGUUAGAAGGCGGCACAGAUAAAUUCAUUAUGCACACGGAUAUUUUAAUUGAUAUCACGGAUUUUUAUAUUUACAUGCAGGAUUUCCGCGUUGAGAAAAUUGGAAGUGUUUGGACAAAAUUACACGGAAAUAUUUUGGUUGAUUGGUUGGCGAAUGCAAUUAUUAAUACGAUGUCAUUUAUCUUCCGCGGGAUUUUACGAGACUUCAUUUCUGACAAAUUUAGGGAAAAUGUGCAAGAAGUUAUUGAUGAAAUUAACAACAACAUGCACGGAAAGUUCUCGAGUGUUGAAGAUGUCGUGCAAUAUUUGGCUAAAAUGUCGGAAAAUGGCUUUGUUGAUGCUCCAAAGUACUGAAAGAGAUGCUUUGAUGCAAAAAGUUUUCAAUUAUAACUUUUUUUUAUAUAAAAGUGACAAAAGGUAGUUAUAAAUAAUAAAAAAAGAGAGACUUGGAUACAAUUUCCUCCAUGCGAGUUUCGAGUCAAGUCCCUUACGCAUGUGUAAUAAAUACUUUUUUAUGAUUUAUAUCACCAAUUAUCGAGGCAACA